CCAACAUCAUCUACUCCUAACCAUCCACUCUAUACUAAUCAUAACAAACAAUCACUCUGUAUACAAACCAUCCCAUCCACACCACAAUGUCCACAAUCACCACCACCACUACAUCCACGACAACAACCCUAACAGGAACAACCACCCUCCCCCGCGUUCUCUCCGUCUCCAAAUCCCCCACCCACACCACCUCCAAAACCCCAGUACCAUCAAUAACUCUCCUCCCCAACCACGGCGUCAGCGGCGACUGCCACGCAGGCAAAACCACCCAGCACACCACCUCUUCCACCCCCAGCAGUACUACAGCCAGCAACCUCCGCCAAAUCCACCUCCUCCCCAUCGAAUCCCUCCGUCACAUCUCCUCCACCUCCUUCAAGGGCACCAAGCCCCUCACCCCGGGUGGAAUCGGCGAAAACGUGACGACGGAGGGCAUCGAGUUGGGGAAUCUACCUCCUGGUACGGAGAUACACUUUGGGAAUCAGGAUGAUGGGGCAGUGGUGGUAAUUACGAGUGUGAGAGAGCCUGGACCGGGAUUGGAUCGAGUGAGACCUGGAUUGAGGGAGGCGUUUCGGGGGGUCAGGAAGGGCUGGUGGGGGGUUUUGGGGGUGGUUGUGAAAGGUGGGGAGGUUAAGGGGGGGAUG